AGCCGCGAGAUAACACCACCAGCAACACCACCAUCACCUCCACCACCACCCUCAUAACACUGCACCUCAUACGUGGACACUCUCGACCCUUAAGUGUCUGUGUGUUGUGUGUGUUGCCAGUCGAGUGUACACGGGAGAUCAGCUGGACAGUAAAGAACAGAGACAAACAAACACUGCAGGAAAGAACGUUUGGUGUUUAUUAUACUUCGAGGACGUGUUUGCUUGUGCGUGUUUGUGUGUGUAGGAGAAAGGACUGUGAGGCUUUUGUUUUUCUUAUUAUUAUUAUUUUGAAUUUCCUAAGGGAUAUUUGAAGAUCGGUGAAAAAAAUAAAACGUAAAAUAUGGAUAGAGCAGCAGCCACUAUGCGAGGAUGGCCAAACGUGGAGGUAACAAUAGUCGAGGCGCAGACGGGGGUGUCGGGCUACAUGGCUUGGGUCGCGGCCGUGGCUGUGUGGGCGACGGCGUGGGGCGUGGCGGUGGGCGUGGUGGGCGUGUCGGUGCUCAUGGCCUACCUCCGCUACGCCAACACAAGAGCCCGCCCCUGCACCGCGCCGGACAUGAUGAAGGGGAAGACGGUGCUGGUGACGGCCAAUGAUGACGGUGGCGUCGGGGAGGAGGUGGCGCGGGACUUGGCUGGGCGUGGCGCUCGUGUGAUGCUGGCGACACCCACGCUGGCGAGGGCGGAACGGCAGGCAGCUGCCAUCACGGCCUUCACCGGCAACGAGGAGGUGAAGGGAUUGCAGCUGGACACUUCCUCCAUGGCCUCCGUUAAGCAGUUCGGCAAGCAGUUCAUUACCACGGAAAAGAGGCUGGACGUGCUGGUGCUGGCGGCAGGGCGCGGCGCUCCCCCCAACAGGACCGAGACAGAGGAGGGCCUGGAGGUGACCCUGGCUACCAACCAUCUGGGUCACUUCCUGCUCGUAAACCUCCUGCUGGGUGUCUUGAUGACGAGCAGCCCCAGUAGAGUGGUGGUGAAGGCGUCCUCAGCCCACUACAUGCUCUCCUCCAUCACUCCAAAGGACCUCAACUUCAAGAAGGGGGAUUACGGGGCGCUGGCUGCCUAUGCCCUCUCGCAGCUGUGCAACGCGUUCAUGGCGACUAACCUGACAAUUCUCACGGCUGGCUCAGGUUUGGUGGUGAACAGCGCCUGCCCCGGACUGGUGCUGAGCGAGCCCUACCUCUCCCCCGGGGGCGUGAUGGCCUGGCUGUAUGACGCUGGGCUCUCCUUCGUGGGCAGGACCCCCGAGCAAGGCGCCCAGACACUGAUCCACGCCGCCGUCAGCCGCCAGGGGGCCAGCAUCUCCGGGGCCUUCUUCACCGACUGCGAGGAGACGAAGCUGACGGGUCUGGCCGCGGACGCUGGGCUAGCCAAGAAGGUGUGGGAGGUGAGCGAGGGGCUGGUGGGUCUCCUGCCGCAAGACCACGAAUAACAGACCCCCCGCUCCCCCAACACCGUGCCUAAGGAGUUUCGGAUCUUACACCUGUGCUACUGUGUGCCGAUCAACGAAUACCUAUGCGUGACAAGCCCCCAGACCACCGUUCUCAACCCCUUCGUCCCAGGUCAUUGUUGGCGUUAUCUUUCAUUAGACUAGUCCCUGCUGUCCCAUGCUGUUAAGCCCCUAGACCACCAUUCGCUAUAUAACACGUAACAUUAUCUUCCAUUCGACUACUGCUUGCUAUUAUCCCUCGCUAAGCACCUAGACCACUAUUGUCAGUCCCCUUCGCUCUAUAACAAGUAAUAUUAUCUUCCAUUCCACGACUGCUUGGUAUUAUCCCUCGCUAAGCACCUAGACCACUAUUGUCAGUCCCCUUCGCUCUAUAACAAGUAAUAUUAUCUUCCAUUCCACGACUGCUCGCUAUUAUCCCUCGCUAAGCCCCUAGACCACUAUUGUCAGUCCCCUUCGCUCUAUAACAAGUAACAUUAUCUUCCAUUCGACUACUGCUUGCUAUUAUCCCUCGCUAACCCCCUAGACCACUAUUGUCAGUCCCCUUCGCUCUAUAACAAGUAACAUUAUCUUCCAUUCCAAGACUGCUCGCUAUUAUCCCUCGCUAAGCCCCAAGACCACUAUUGUCAGUCCCCUUCGCUCUAUAACAAGUAAUAUUAUCUUCCAUUCCACGACUGCUCGCUAUUAUCCCUCGCUAAGCACCUAGACCACUAUUGUCAGUCCCCUUCGCUCUAUAACAAGCAAUAUUAUCUUCCAUUCUCCUUUCCCUAUUUCCAGACCACCAUUACUAUCAUCCCCAAUUCGAUUACUGCCUACUGUCCUUGUUCCUUAGAUCACUAUUAUCAGCCCCCUUCGUUCCUGACCACUGUGGCUGUUAUCUUCUAUGCCGCUAUUAUUACUAGACCCAAUCUCAGUUCCCUCACCCCCAUUUGACUACUGCGUGUUCUCCCCUGCUAAGCCCCUAAAUCUCCAUUAUAUCAGCCAUCUUUCCCUCAUUCCAUUACUGCUUGCUUUUAUCACUUGCUCAGCCCCUAGACCACCAUUAUAAGCCCCCAUUUCCCCAUUCGACUGCUGCUUCUUGUCUCCUGAGGCCCCUAUUCCUCAGCCCAUCACUGUCUUUCUCCUUGUUCCGUAUCACCAAGGCCAUCCUCUCCCUUCCGCCGGUCUCUCAGUCUUCAUUAGUCUACACAAGGUUCUUUAUAAGCUCUCCAUCUUAUUGUAAAAGUGUUAUUGGGAGGGAGUUUUGCAGAGUGAAUUCAGUGACAGGAGCUUCCACUUCAAGAAAACCUAUUGCUGUUUAGAGAGAAUAUAAUACUAUUCUAUGUCUAUUGCGACCGCCACAUAGAUCAUUAUUACAGAUGAAAAUAAUCUCAAUGUUUGCGAAGAUCUUUAUACGAGGUGACUGUAUGGUUAGUUAAUGGUCAACUGGGGUUACCGACGCAAAGGAAAAAACUAUUAGGCCUACACGAGAGGAUCAUUGUUAGGGUGCUGGGCUCACAUUCACCGCGCCAUGGACAACGUCGGUUCGAAUCCCCACGCCACCACCUGGGAUUUUUCAGUCACCGCCGAGUGGCCGAAGUGAUAGCGUACUGGACCCACAUUCGCCGCGUGAUGGACGACGCGGGUUCGAAUCCUCACGCUACCACUCGGAUUUUUCGGCCACCGCCGAGUGGCUUAAAACUACCCACAUGCUGUCCUGAAGACCACCCAUCAACCCGGACUCUAGAGGAAGCCGUCCAAGCGAAUCAAGUACGAGUUCCGGGGGGCAGCAUGAGCCAAUGCAAGAUGGCGCCACUAUAAACACUCGCCUGCGCCAGAACGGGCUGGGCCGACCAUCAGGCCCCACCUGGAAGAAGCCUUGGGCCGACCAUCAGGCCCCACCGGGAAGACGCCUACCGACGCAAUAGGCAACAACGUAAAAAAAAAACAAAAAAAACAAAAAAAACAUGCUGUCCAGAAGACCACCCAUCAGCCCGGAGUCAAGAAGAAACCGUCCAAGUGAAUCAAGAAUGAGUUCCGGGGGGCAGCAUGAGCCAAGCAUAACUUGCGCCACUAUAAAAAUUGCCUGCGCCAUGACGGGCUUGGGCAGACCACCAGGCCCCUGAAGAAA